AUGAAGUACUCCGCUGUCGCCCUUGCCGCCUUCGUGGCCAUUGCCUCCGCCCAGGACAUCUCUGUCAUCCCCUCGUGCGCCCUUCCCUGCGUUGAUGACGCUGCCACCAAGGUCUGCACUUCCAAGACCGACUACAAGUGCAUCUGCGAGAACAAGGACUCUCUCGUCAGCACUGCCACCUCCUGCGUCAUUUCCAAGUGCGGUGCCACCGUUGCUCUGAACGACGUUCUCCCUGCCACCGAGAAGUUCUGCCAGGAGGUCCUCGCC